AUUUAUUUAAGCUUAACAUUUCUGUAAAUUUUUACUCGCCAAUGAAAAAAGAUCAAGACUAUCCAAAAAUUUUAAAUUAAAAUGAAGAGAAUGAAUAAAUUAUUGAAGAACCUCGAACUGUCUUAAUUAAUCAACCUCUUAAUGUAACAUAAACUCAAAACUUUUUUGUUUUGGAAUUAAAACCUAAUACCAUGAGUAAGUUUAAUCUUUUAAGAUUCAAACAAGCCCUGGCCAAAAAGAUUAUCAAAAAAUUAAAUAAAUGAAAAGACUCAUGAUUUUUUUCCUAAAUAUAUUAAAUACCAAAAC